UACAAAAAAGUGUGUGUACGACGCCAUUGCAGUAGUGCUGCAUUUAAGAUUUGUUGCGUUUAUUCUAGGAAAAACUUGUGCGAAAUUCCUUCGACCGUAUUUGUUUUGAAGUGAAAAUGAGUGAACUGAUGGAUCCUGGGAAAAUGAAAGUGGUAGAACUGAGGGCAGAGUUGGCUGCCCGGGGGUUAGACACAAAGGGUGUGAAGGCAGUGCUAGUCGACAGGUUGAAAGACGCUUUGCGCCAAGAGACUGGACAAGAGAUUCCAGACACAUCAAUUGCUGACACAUCAACAGAAGACGCAGGUGACAUUUCUUGCUCAGAAACACAAGAAGAAAAGCAAGAAAAUGAAAAUGAAGAUGCUGAAAUGCAAGAGGAAUCUGUAAACACUGAACAGAAUACAAAAAGUCAAGCAGAACCAGAGGUGGUAGAAGUCAAGGAAGAAUUGCGAAGCAGUGCAGAUAAUAUGGCAAACAUUAAGACAGAGAAGAACCCUUUGGAGGCUGAUGUUAAAGAUACCAAAAAUAUUCCAAAGGUGGAUGUGAAAGAGGAACACCCAGAAGUGAAGAAAGAAGAUACUACCACAGAUAUUAAACCUGAGGUGAAGUCGCAAAAUACUGAUGAUAAGAAAGUGGAGGAAAGGAGAGAUUCUUAUAACAAUAAGGGCAGUGAAGACAAACGUGGUGAGAAGCGUAAACAUUCUCCAAGUCCACACAGAAGGGGAGGGUUCACUGCAGGUGGUCCACAGCGUAGAGAUGAUGAACCGGAGUAUGAUGAAAAUGCUGUGAUCCUUAGUUGGUAUGAUUCUGACUUGAAUAUUGUCAUAGACAAGGAAAAUUUCACAAUUGCCACACCCAUGCACGAACAAGGUUUUGGUUAUAUCUGGGCUGGAGCGAGAGCCUCAUAUGGCUUUACAUCAGGGAAAGUGUGUUAUGAAGUGAAGUUACUGGAAAAUUGUCCUGUGUCAAAUUUGGAAGAUGAGCCAAAUCCGCAUGUUUUAAGAGUUGGUUGGUCUGUUGAACAGUCAUCUACUCAGCUUGGUGAGGAACCAUUGUCAUAUGGAUAUGGAGGCACAGGGAAAGCAUCUACUGAUUGCAAAUUCAAGGACUAUGGAAGACCUUUUGUUGUUGGGGAUGUUGUAGGAGCUUACCUGGAUUUGGACAGUGAACCAAUAAUCAUGUCAUUUACCCUGAAUGGAGAAUCUCAAGGAGUUGCAUAUGAGAUUGCACGGUCAGAGUUGAAAGGCCAAGCACUUUUUCCACAUGUUUUGACGAAAAAUGUGAAGUUUGAAUGUAAUUUUGGACAUAAAGACAUGUGGUUUCCACCACUAAAUGGUUAUGUGCCUGUUGCUAAAAUCCCUCUUCAAAAAAGAAUAGCUGGUUCAAAACGUCCAGAGAGGAGAGAGGACUGUGAGAUGAUAAUGAUGUGUGGUCUUCCUGGCUGCGGUAAAACGACAUGGGCAAAUGAGUGGUAUAUGAAACACCCAGACAAGAAAUACAAUGUAUUGGGCACCAACAACUUGAUUGAUAAGAUGAAGGUAAUGGGUCUGCCGAGGAGGAGAAACUACGCUGGACGAUGGGACGUUCUUAUUGAUAACAGCACAAAGUGUCUCAAUAAACUACUGGAAGUUGCUUCAAGACGGAGGAGGAAUUACAUACUUGAUCAGACCAAUGUAUAUCCAUCAGCCCAAAGACGCAAAAUGAGGGGUUUUGAGGGCUUCGUACGCCGAGCGGUAGUAAUUGUACCAACAGAUGAAGAGUUCAAGAGACGCAUAGCUCAGCGUGAGAAGCUGGAAGGCAAAGAUGUUCCUGAUUCAGCUGUUCUUGAGAUGAAAGCCAACUUUAUGCUGCCGGAGGUUGGAGACAUCUUCACUGAAGUGAUUUACACUGAGCUUAAUGAAGCAGAGUCUCGAACAUUAGUAAGCCAGUAUAACAGAGAAGGCAGAGAUGCUGGAUAUGGCCAGCAAAAUAAGCGACCACGAUUUGAUAAUAGAGAUAAUCGUGAUAACCGUGACAACCGGGAUAAUCGUGACAACAGAGAUGGUGGUUAUCAUAGAGAUAACAGGGAAAGGUCAUCGUCCUAUUCAUCUUCAUACUCAUCGCAGUCAUAUCGUGGAGGAUUCAGACCAAGAGGUGGCCCAGACAACAGGCAGCGUAGCAGUAGUUGGCAGCCAAGAGGUGGCGGCAGUGGUGGUGGUGGCGGCGGUGGUGGCGGCUGGAGAGACAGGCAGCAACAUUCUGGAGGCUACCGUAGUGGAGGUGGAGGAAGUACUGGUAGCAGUCAUGGUGGUAGUAGCUGGAGAGGUGGUGGCGGCGGUGGCGGAAGCGGUGGUAGCAGUCAUGGUGGUGGCAGAGGUGGUAGAAGUGAUUCAGGACGUGGUGGCUAUGAUCGUAAUCGUCCAAGUGGGAAUCAGAACCGCAGCCAGAGUUCUGGUGGCAAAGGAGGUUGGGGGAAUUACAACCAAGGAAGUGGGGCCACACCUAGUAAUGUAAGCAGUAGUGGCAGCUCAGGUGGAGGCUGGGGCCAGAAUUAUAAUCAGCAAAGCUGGGGACAACAAAACACCCAGCAGAGCUGGAAAGGUUAUGGGCAGCAGCAACAGCAACCACACCACCAGCAACAGCAGUCACAACAGCAGCAUCAACAACAGCCUCCACAACAGCAGCAGUCAGGAUACGGUCAACAAAGCUAUUCACAGCAGGGUUAUGGAAGCACUACACCAUACAAUUGGAAUCAACAACAGUACUAUAAUCAAGGUUAUGGUUCCAGCAAUCAAGGAUGGGGACAGACGAAUACAGACUCCUAUGGUGGUCCUGCUCAGCAGCAAGGGACAUGGCAGGGAUAUGGACAGGGUUACAAUUAUGGAUCCAGUCAGCAUGUAGCACCUGGUGGGGGCUACCCUAAGUAAAUGUCAUAUUCAAAAUGAAAUCAGUUUUUUAGAUGUGAGCAGGAGACAAGUGUUACAAAGCAGACUUGACACUAGAUACACAAGUACACAGUGUUAAAGCAUUUUUGAUUUUGAGGUAUGACAGACAGUGCUUCAUAGCUCAGUAGUUUUAAGAGUACAUGUAAAACUGAAGAAAGUAUUUUCUGACAGUAAGCUCUUGUAGUUCAUUAUUGUAUUUUGUGUUACAAUGAAAUUACCAGAUUUAUGUGAAUGUGAGAAAAGAAUAAAUGUACGUAUAAUUACCAUGACCAUUACGUAUAGUGGUGUGCAAUUCAUUUUGAAAAUUCAAUUUUAUUGGAACUCAUUAAAUAUCAUUUUAAUUCGGAUAAAGUACAAUAAGAUAUGCAUAGCUAUUUCAGGCAUCAUCCAUAGUGUAAUAUUAAUUUUUCUACUCCAGUAUUACCCAAGUAAAAUACAUCUGAAAACAUCGCACUGCCGAUUGUGAGAGUGUUUUUCAAAAAUUUUCUAGUGGUGUUCUAGAGAAAUUGGCAGUGGAAUUCUGUUAUGUGAAAAUGUGUGAUCUGAAAAGAGCAUUGUCCUCCUCGUGUAACCUGAUAAUUUUGACAUGUCAGUAGGGAAGGCUUACAAAAAGUAAUCAUUAACUAUCUGCCACUCAAAAGAAACUGAUUGAUUUCAGUGGUGAAGGGAGAAGCACUUAGUGUGAUACAUGAGAUAUUUCAUUGUUUCUUGUAACUUUAGUUUUAACAGCAGUGUAGUUUGUGAAGUUAAGUAACAUCUAUUCACUUGCAAAAUGAAAAUGUAAUUUCCUACAUUUCUUGCAAUUCACGCUCCUUACUAACCAUCGACUGUUCCAUUGGAGAGGUCAACUCAGAUUGGCUGUUGUGUGUGCAAUGUAAACUAGUCAGUACUGUUGUUAUUUCUGGUUAAUUUAUUCACUUCGCUGCCAUCGCAGUAGUGUGUGUUUCAAGCAUUUUGCUUUUUUGAUCGUUUUUGAAUUGCUGUUUUCAGUUUGGUGGCAAUGAUGCCAAUAUGGUGCCACACUCAAUGAAUUAAGUAUAAUUUUAAAAAGGUACAUAAAUUAUAACUUUCUCAUACACAUACAAGCUGCGUGACACACAACACAUUUCAAUUUCGAUAGGUAAUAGAGAUCAAGAAUAUUGCUGAAUUUAUUUCUUUGCACAUUCCAAAAACAUGCACUCAAAAUUAUUGUACUUUCCCAUUAAUGUUCUUGACGGUAUCUUGAAAGUAAUUUCAGUGAGAAAUACUUGCCAGUACAAAAACAGUAUUUCCUUCCUCUUGCUUUUUUCCUCUCCUUCUGAAAACAAGUUUUGUUUUCACAUUACAAGGAAUUAAAUAUUUUCUUUCACCCAUAUGACAGCAGUGCAUCUGUUAACAAAUCUUUGCUUUGUGUUUACUAGAAAUCAUUACUAGUAAAAGGUCUUUCAUGCUGGAGUAAAAUUGGUCAUACUUAAUGCUUAAGAAGAAAAGGUGAAAGUUGCUGGGCAAUUAUUAAUUGCCUAGUGUUCCAGUAUUGUACAUUAUGCUCUGAUCGUCAGUUUUGUUUGCAUUCUCAUUCCAGUUUUGUGUCUUGAUUAAUCAAAACUGUAGGCCUCAGAAGCUAAGGUAAACAACAUUGGUGUUUGCCUUACUGCAGCCUGUGGCAGGCAACUGCUUUUUCUUUUUUUCUGCAAGAAUUUUUGUGUUAAAGUUGUUGGACCUUCUCAUGAAGUUGAUUUAAAACAUUGCCAAAACUGUUUCCUGCAAUAACAUUUUAUAUUACUGACUUUUCCACAUUUCAUGUUAAUUUUGAAUUUAAUUGUUGCUGAUGCCAUAAUUUAGUGAUGUAAUAAUCUUGCAACUAUUGUCACUACAUAUGAAGUUUUAAAAUGUGAUCUUAGUUUACACAGUAUUGCAGCAGACACUUCAUCCAACUACUGGUGAUAUGUUGGAUGUUGAGAGAAGAAAAAAAAGGCAUUCCUGGCACAUCUAUUUUCUCUUUCUUGUCAUAGCUAUUCUUAAAGUGAUAUCUGUAUCGAAGCACUUAAAAUUAUUGUACAUUGUACAAAUCAAUAAAAAUCAAAAUUCUCAUAAA